AUGGUGGAGGUGACGGUGACACCACGCUCAUCCCUCGCUGACUGCCCCGUGCGGGUGCACGUGCGGGGCCUGUCCCCGUCCCAGCUCGUCACCCUGCGGGCCUGGCUCAGGGAUGAGCACGGGGAGCGCUUCCAGGCUCGCGCCUUCUUCCGUGCGGUCCGUGGGGCUCUCUUCUUGCCACCCGGACCAGGACCCUUCCCGGGGGUCGUGGACCUCUUUGGGGGUGCAGGAGGUCUCAUUGAGUUCCGAGCAGGGCUCUUGGCCAGCCGGGGCUUCGCGGUGCUGGCAUUGGCCUUCUUUGCCUAUGAUGACCUGCCCCGCACCCUGAGCCAGCUCGACAUGGAGUACUUCGAGGAGGCGACCACGGUGCUGCUCCAGCACCCCAAGGUGCAAGGCCCCGGCUUGGGCGUCAUUGGCAUCUCCAAAGGAGCAGAGGUGGCUUUGGCCAUGGCCACCUUCCUCCCGCAGGGGGUGGCCACGGUGUGGAUCAACGGCACUGGCUUAGGCACUGCUUUCCUCCACGGCAACCCUCUGGUCUACAAGGACAUCUCCCUCCCCGCUAUUCCCUACGGCCUCGAGCGCGUGCUCAUCACCGAGAUGGGGGCACUGGACAACUCUGCUGUCUUCGGUGACCCCCAGGACCCCACGCACCGCUCCUCGGCCAUCCCUGUUGAGAAGAUCAAGGGGAAGGUCCUCUUUGUGGUGGGGGAGGCCGACCGCAGCCUCAACAGCAAGCUCUUUGCCAGGCUGGCCAUGGCUCAGAUGCCACCAGAGCAGAGUCACCUCCUGUCCUACCCCGGGGCCGGGCACUUGAUCGAGCCCCCCUGUUCUCCCCUCUGCAGCAUCUCCAGCAUCAGGAGCAGCCCCCUGCCCCUGCUGUGGGGGGGUGAAGUCAAACCUCACGCCGAGGCUCAGGAACACUCGUGGAAGGAGAUUAUCCGGUUCUUGGAGAAACAUCUGGGAUGUGCCACUCAGAAGCUGUGA